AUGAAUUGGAGACACUUUCUGCUGAUCAAUGUGCUGGGUGGGCUACCUUACACCUUCGCAGGCCCUAAUGUGAGGAGAGCCGACGGCCCUAGUUCAGAGCCACCUAUUUUGAGCCACACGACCUCGUUACCGCACUCUUCCUAUACCGCGACCCCCACGACCAGUGGAGCCGAGCGCGCCAGCUCCGUUGGUUCUGGGAUCUCGACUUUGGGGCCGGCUCCAGGAGCUACCAGCUAUCCAAGCGAUGGAAAGCUCCAUGACCUCCAGCCGGCUCCUUUUACGCCGGCAGGCGGCGUUGGGACGAACGGCACAACUCCUAUCUCCAACGCAAAAAGCGACUUUGAUUAUGAAUCACUGGUAGGUUUCUAUCGAUUAGCUGGGAGAACAGUAGCUGACCGCUGCCAGGCCCUUGUGCUCUACCAAGAGUACAUUGAGCUGGACCUGUUCCAUGAUGGUCUGGCUCGGUUCUCUGUAGCGGAAUUUACUGCCGCUGGUCUCACGGCAGAAGACCGAUUCUUGAUUGAAUUCAUGGCUGACCAGGAGGCUGGACAUGCAACAAUGCUGACCAACAUCCUGGGUGAUCAGGCUCCUAGACAAUGUGUCUACAAUUAUCCUUAUGCCACCGUCCAUGAGUUCAUCGACUUCUGCCAAAAGCUCACCCGCUUUGGAGAAGCUGGUGUUUACGGCUUCUUGCCUCACUUGGAUUCACGAGAGGCAGCUGGCCUCUUGACCCAGACUGUCACCACAGAGGCUCGUCAGCAGAUGAUCUUCCGCCAGUUUGAAGGUCUCUUCCCAAUGCCUGUGUGGUUCGAGGUUGGGGUGCCUCAGUCCUGGGCAUGGACACUGUUGGCUCCGUAUAUCAGCUACUGUCCUGCCAACCAGACGAGACUGGCAUGGCAGAACUUCCCGUCAUUGUAUAUCGAGAACCAGCCAAAUCCUUACCGGGUCAAUGGAUCGUCUUCGGUUAAUGAAACACUUGCAGAUGGUGGUAUGAACACUUUGGCUAGCCGGAACGUGACCGGGCCCGAGUCAUGUCUGAACAAGACGGCCGUGGGAGAAAGCUGCAGCCCGGCAAUUACCCAUAAUCGAACAAGCCCCCUCUCCUACCCAGGCCGAACAGUCACCCUGUCGUGGGACGCUCCGGGCAAGGGUGUGGGUCCGAACAACAGCUACAUCACGAACACAACUGCGGGAUGCCCGAGUUACGUCCUGUGGGCUUCGCAGUUGAACGUCACCUACUCGACACUAACCACCAGUGGCAAUUCAAGCUAUGGAACCACCAUUCAGCCUGACCUGUCGACAUAUGCCGGCGACCCAGCGCUCAAUGGUACCAUCUUUAUCGCAAUCACGGACACUGAUCUUUUCGUGACUCCGUUCAAUAUCAGCAGCAUCAAUCCUCAUAUAGUUGCCGGCCCGGCUCUUUACCAAGCUGGCUAA